UGGCUUAGAAUGCGCCUUCUCUCUUCUCUGCAGACAAACCAUAACGAGAAAAUUUCGGCCUCCAACCAUUUCUAACUUAAUAAAAGCCUUCACGUUCGAAACCCUCGCGACGUCCGCAUUCCUACAUUUCAUUCAGGGGACCAAAACACCAUGUAAAAAUACAUACCAAAAAUCAGGAGAUCAAUGAUUUCCUCUGAAUUUUUCGUUCGAUAACUUACUUUUUGAUCAACAGUUUUUUGUAUUCAUUUAUUUUUUAUAUCUAGAACCAAUGGACGAAGAAAUGGAGGAAUUCAUUGUAGAAUGUUCGGACGUAUCCGAAAUUGACUCGGAAUAUGAGUUUGACGCCGCUCAGUUCUUUGAUUUCUGCCGGCCGGAGUCAACUUCCGAGGCUGAAGAAGCCGAACGCUGGUUUCAAACUGCCGGCAAUUAUCCGCCUUCUCCUCUCAUUAUAAAGUUAAACCUGGGGAAAGAGAUUACAGCAGGAAACUCAAGUGGUUGCUCAAGGUUACAAGAAGGGAAAACGGCAAAAUCAAAUUGCAACAACUCAUACAUUUCUCCUGUUGGUUCGCCCUCCAAAUCAAAAAUUAAAGGAACAAUAUCCAAAGGUCAAAGGGCUCAUGAAAUUUGUAAGACAAAUCCGGAGCCAAGAUCUUCAAAAGCAAGAGGUUCAACAUUAAUGAAGCCCACGGCUAGUCAUUUGGCUAAACAGAAGUUUCAGAAAACAUCUAGCAAGACUGAUGUGACAAGCUCACAGAAUUCUUUGGCAUCUGAAAAUUUUGCUACCAAAAGGCAAAAGCUAGAGAUCGGUUAUCUACUUAAGAUUGCUCAUUUGAAGCAUCAACGUCUGUUAUCUCACAAGAUGUUGAAAAAGGAGACCUCAACCAUCUCUAACUCGGCACAUCCCAAAUCUAAAGUUACUGUUCCAAGAGAACCUGAACUGGAAACUCUGCAGAGGGCACAAAGGCGAACUUUCAGGUGCAACAAGGACUCAGAGUCAAGUGAAAUCACAAAAGCCAAAACCCAAAUGUUUAAAGCACGGCCCGUGAACAGAAAUAUUCUCAAGGCUCCUGCAUUACCUCCUCUCAGAAAGACUAGAGCACCGUUGCCUGAGUUUCAUUUAUCAAGCACUCUAAAUGCUGAUUCUGCCACACAGAAUGCUUUAGUGGACUUUAAAAGACCAAACACUCAAACUGCUGUUAAGCAGGGGAAAUCUGUGACAUCACUCAAAUCAAGAUCUCAUAAAUGUAACAAGAUCUUUCCAAGUAAGGAAGAUAAUGGCAUAGGUGAAGACAUUGGACAAGAAAGUGCAUACUCAAUGGACUCUAGAUCCAUAUUUGAUGAGAAACUUUCAGUGCAUCCACCAAUUGAACUGUUUAAUAAGUUAUCCCUUAGAUCUGAGAAGAAAACAAGUGAAGUGUCCCACCCGAAAAAGAAUCCCUCAGCAAAGGAGUUAAAAGAGAACGCUCCAAAUUGUUUGCAGCUCAAAACUCGGAGAUGUGUUGGAAAGCCAAAUCAGUGUGCAGCAGAGAGGGGCACUCCCAGGAUUGGGUACCAGUUCAGCAUGAACAGGAGCUUGGGAAUCCGAUGAGAAUCUAGCGGUUAACAUUUGCGGUUGUUGAAUUAGUGCAAGUUGUUGCUUGGAUCUAAAAUGGUUCCCCCACUUGCAGAGACCUCUGUUUCAUGGAAGGUAGAUCCUCCUAAUUCCGGGAGUUAUUUGGAAAUAUUUGUCUUUAGUUAUAGGAAAUAAAAGACUGUCCUCCACACUUGCAACACCAAAAUUUUGUGGCUAGCACUGUACAGCAAGUCAAAUAUAGUGUAUUCCUUUUGGUCUGUUAUGUACAUCUACAAGGUACAUGUGCUAGGAUGGGGAUUGCAGUCUUUUUAACUACCCAAUACAUAAAUGUAUACAACUCAACAGUUCAAAUGAAGUUGCACAGAGGGAAAGACUGCUUCUGUCCGUUACUUAAAUCC